CCUCUCUUCACUGCGCCGGCACUGCAGCGGCAGCGCGCUCCGGAUCGGCGGAUCUCGUCGGGCGGCGGCCGCCACUAUGAUGAACAGCGUCUCCGCUCCGCCGCCGACGCUUCCCGCCGGGGGUGCGAGCUUCUUCAGAGGGUACACCAAGCUGUGCAAGGGCCUCGCCGUCAUACUGUUCCUCGUGCACCUCUUGGUCCAGCUCUUCCCGUCAGCCCUCGAUUAUCUCGCGCUUAUUCCCGCAAGGACAAUCCCUUUUGCAUGGAACCUGAUUACUGCUGGUUAUGUUGAGCAAACAAUUCCAGGGGUUAUUAUCAGCAUAAUUGGUCUUCUUUUAUUUGGGAAGUUGCUAGAGCCUUUAUGGGGCACAAAGGAGUUAUCAAAGUUCGUUUUUAUUGUGAACUUCUCAACUUCGAUGUGUGUCUUCGUAACUGCUAUUGCUUUGUACUAUGUAACACAACAAGAGACCUACCUCUAUACUCCUCUUUCUGGAUUUUAUGGAGUCCUGUCAGGAUUGCUGGUGGGCAUCAAACAACUUAUGCCAGAUCAGGAGCUUAAUCUUUUUGUGCUGAAGAUUAAGGGAAAGUGGAUUCCAUCACUUAUUGCACUGAUCUCAGUUGUCGUAAGCUUCUUCGUGAAUGAAUUGGUAUCUUCCCUACCAGUUAUACUGUUUGGCAUUUAUAUGAGUUGGAUUUACCUGCGCUACUUCCAAAAGAGGCUAGAGACAGGCCUGAAAGGAGACCCAAGUGAUGAGUUCUCUUUCUCAAGUUUCUUCCCUGGAUUUCUAAGACCGGUUCUGGACCCAAUAGCCUCAAUAUUCCAUAGGCUUCUUUGUGGAAGAUCUGAUAGGGCUGACUCUAGGGGUCAGACGUUGGAAACCUCACCAUUGACAGAUUCUACUGAGGCAAACAGGAGGAGGGAAAGGGGUCAAAGAGCACUGGAGCAAAGAUUGGCUGAGAAGCUUGCUGCGGUCAGGAGCACGGAGAGCACAUCAACCGAUGCUUCUGACAAAGUUUGAUCCCUGUCUGAAACGACUAGUGCAUCUUGUGAAUUCCCGUUACCCAAGUGAUGUUUUCUGGAGGACAGAGGGAGCAUCCUCGAUUCGAUGAUCUCUCCUGUGUGCUCUUUCAGCAGCCCCAUCCUCACCCUGAAUGCUUCCUUUUGCAUUUUAUUCCCUGGCUAUAUCGUCUGUAGAUGCUUCUCGGACAGAUGAUGUGGGAAUGUGUGAUGUACUGAUUUAGGGAACCCUAGUGAACUGUGAAAGGACUGCAUGAUGGGACAAUUUAGCUGCAUGUGUGAGAGUUUUCGUGUUACAUAUUUUGAGGUCCAGAGGAGUUCACAUGAGCAA